AUGCAGAAUGCCCAAAUUGAUAUGUUUCCCGAUGAAUAUGUUUUGCUACAAAAGGGUAAAUCGUUACCUCGUAAGAAUAGAUUUGCGUCGUUGAGUCCGUUCAUGGACAAUGACGGUAUCAUACGUGUAGGCGGAAGGCUUGAAAACUCACCUUACGAAUAUAAUAUAAAACAUCCUAUUUUACUGUGUAGUAAACAUCACGUCACUAAAAUAAUAUUUCAAAAAUACCAUCUAGAUUUAUUGCACGCAGGGCCUCAACUGCUUUUAGCAAAUAUUCGUCAGUUAUAUUGGCCCUUAGGGGGCAGAAAGCUUUCUAGAGUAAUCGUAAAAAAAUGCUUAAGAUGUUUCAGAUAUAAAAAUACAACUAUACAACCUGUCAUGGGACAAUUACCAAUUUCUCGUACUAACUUAGAAUUUCCAUUUUUACAUUGCAGUGUCGACUAUGCCGGACCAAUACUGAUAGCUGACCGGAAAGGGCGAGGUUGUAAGCUUAUAAAAUCAUACGUGUGUAUUUUUGUUUGCCUUGCAGUCAAGGCUGUGCAUAUCGAGCUUGUUACAGAUCUGACCAAGGAAGGCUACAUGUCAGCUUUGAACCGUUUUGUGGCUCGUCGGGGCAAACCUCAGUCCAUUCUGUCGGACAACGCUACGAACUUUGUUGGUGUUUCCAAGGAGUUGGAACAAUUUUUACAGACUUCAAACCUGCCUUCGGAGGUUGCUCAGCAGGGCAUUCAAUUUUCCUUUGCCCCUCCAUAUUCUCCCCAUUUUAACGGAAUUGCUGAAGCAGCGGUUCGUUCUACCAAAUACCAUUUAAGGCGCUUGAUUCAAAUGACUAACUUUACAUAUGAGGAACUUACAACUUGUCUAACUCAAAUUGAAGCCGUUUUGAAUUCCCGUCCUCUUACCCCUCUCUCAUCUGAUCCCACUGACCUCUCUGCUCUUACUCCUUCUCAUUUCUUAAUCGGACGAACUCUCUUAUCUGUACCUUAUCCACAGGUUACAAACAUGAAGGUGGAGCAUUUGCAGCGUUAUCAAAGAAUCAAUUAUAUAAAGCAGCAUUUUUGGAAGCGGUUUUCUAAAGAAUACGUCUCUUUACUUCAAACAAAAACUAAAUGGUUCCAUUCAACAGGACAACUAUCUGUCGGAACUCUUGUAUUAUUGAAGGAAGCAGGUCAACCUCCUCUACUGUGGCCAUUGGGACGAGUCACCAAAAUUUAUCCUGGCGUCGAUGGAGGCUCAAGAGUGGCAGAACUAAAGAUGAAAGGAAAAACUGUUCUACGGAGCUACAAAAACAUCUGUCCUCUUCCCUUGGACUAG